AUGAGGCAUUUGGACUUAAUCAUCGAUCCGGACAAACCGGAACUGUUUCGGAAGGAAAAACGGAAACAAGUGGAGCAUUUUCUCAGGACGUACCUGAAAGUUGACGGUGUCCUGGUCCUGCGAAUGAUCGCUUUACACGCCGGUGUGAUGUUCUGCACGGAGAUCACGGACGCGCUAUGGAAGCGCUAUUUGUCUCAGCACCCAGAGAAUCUUAUUGACGAAGACUCAAGUCUGCUCACCUUUGCGAGAGCACAGUCAAUUCGUCGAAAACGGCACGACAGCAGUGGCAGUCAAGAGGGUCAGAAUCAUCAACGACUUGGUCGAAUUCUCUCGCACAGAAGUACUGGCGGUAGCUUUCGUCUGAAUCGUACAGGAUCGACGAAUCGAUCGUUUACUGAUUCAAAAACGGCGACGUCUCCUGCUCCCAGUACGACAAGCCAUUCUAAGGUUAAACCUCGCCGUACCGUCGUCACUAUAACGAGUCCGAGUACCGAAGUGACAGAGCCAAACGGUGGCGAUACAAUUCAAGAGGCUAGCAAACGUGAAGGUGUUCCGUUAGUCGUGUGA